AUGGCGCCGUCCACACCUCGGUACGAGGCGUCGACGGUCGACAUUUGGGCGCUCGGCAUCACGAUCGUCGUCGGCGGCCAGUAUUUCUCAUGGAACACGGGUCUUGUCGCUGGCUUUUACAGCUACCUCGGCGCGAUGGGGCUCAUGGGUGUCGCGUACUGCUGCAUGGUGUCGUGCCUCGCCGAGAUCUCGAGCGCACUGCCGUUUGCCGGCGGCGCCUACGGCAUUGCGCGCUGCUCGCUCGGUUUUACUUCGGUGGAGCCGAUGCAGCCGGUCCUUUGGCUGCUCAUUUACGCUGCCGCGCUGAGUGUCCACCUCGUGGGCGGUCAACUCUUUUGGCGCGUGAACCGGAUGCUUGCGUUCGUCUCGCUCGUGAUCAUCGGCGUGUACGUUGUCGGCUGCUUUAGCUUCCACACGACCGAUUUGACGGCGUUCAGCGACGAACGCCACGAGUUCGAUACCCGCCAAGUGCUCCACGUGCUCCCGACGACCGCGUGGUUUUUUGUCGGUAUCGAGUCGCUGAAUUUGGCGAGCGACGACGCGACGUUGCCUCGGCGCGUCAUUCCGCACGGCCAGCUCGCGUGCAUGGCGACACUGCUGCUCUCGGGCAUUCUCGUGCUCGUCGCAUCGUCCUACGUGUCGCACGGGGACACGGCCCUGCAAGACGAUACGAUUCCGUUCAACAAUGGGUUUAUUAAGAUGUUUUCCAUUUCCGCCUCGGCCGCGACACUCUUGUCACUGCCCGCGACGUUUGCGACCAUCUUUGGCUUUAUGUAUUCGUACGGCAAACUCACGAUCGCGAUCGCGGGCUCCCAGCUCCUCCCGCCCCUCUUUCUACACACGUGGUUUCCGCACCGCGUGCACGGCCCCGCGCUCCUUCUCACGUCCGGCGUCGGCUACGGCGUGUGCCUCGUCACGUAUUUCGUGCCGUCGAUCGGCGACUCGCUCUUCGCCGUGUGCAUCUGCAGUGCGUUCUGCGCCUACAUUGCGCAGUGCAUUGGGUUUAUCUACCUCCGGCUCUCGUUUGCGCACCUCGAGCGGCAGUAUACGAGUCCGCUCGGUAUCUGCGGCGCCGUCUUCCCGCUCUGCGUGUGGCUCUUGAACCUCGUGUCGAUCAUUGGGUUCCAGAACGACGGCCAGCGCGCGUUCUUGGCGUUUCUAAGCAUGUGGGUCGUCUUUUCCAUCUACUAUUUUGCCUACGCCAAGGCGCGCCAGACGUUUUCGGACGACGAGCGCAAGAUCUUGUUUGUGGCCCACAUUGCCAUUUUCAACAAGGCCCGCGCGAGCAACAAGAACCAGCGCAAGAAGAUAAGCAACAAGCCAUCGAUAGCCAACAAGCGCUCGACGACGACGACCAAGUCGACCAAGACGACGGUCGAAAUGGGGUCGUCCAAAUCCGGUGACGUGACCCCGAUCACGCCCGAGCUGCAACGCAAGUCGUCGGCGAUUCCGCCGUCCACUCGGCGUAAAAGCAGCACCGUCACCGUCAUGAUCGUCCCCGCCGGUACUAGCGCCAAGGGCCUUGUCCGCGAGAUUGACGGCCGGUGA